ACGGGAUGAAGAGAUGAGUGACAGCAACAACGAUGACGACUCCUCACUUUGUAAUGUAACAAACGCACCACACGACAAGCAGCAAAGAUGAGUUUGCGGGAGGUUGUGCAGAGUGUGGUGAAUGGCGGCGGUGGUGGUGUCGAGUGGACGGAUGUGGUGUUCUGGGCGAGCUGUGUGGCGGCAGCGCCCAUCUGGGGCGCAGCGGUGUUGUUCCCCAAGGCCAAGCAAACCUGUGUCCUGUUCCAGCACUGCAUGCUGGCGGCACUGCCGUUCGCGGUGGCCUUUUCAGUGCUUGUGAUGCAGCAGCUGGAGUGGUGGCUGACCCGCUUCAUUGCCGCAGACCUGUCACUGGCAUACCUCGUGCAGAGCUUCGCCCAGCCGUCCACCUUCCUGCUCCUGUGGCUGUACAUCCUUGGCUUUGACAUUGCCGUGUUUGGCUGGAUGCACCAGCGCCUCAUGCAGCGCCGCGCGCCGGCGCUGGAGAUGACCGUCUGGGGCCUCGUCACCGCAGUGUGCGCCCCGCUCGCGCUCGCGUGCUUCACCGCCCUCCACUACGCAACACCGCUCGUGGACCAGGCCUCGCCGCCUAAUGCUGCUGCUGCCAUCAAGAGGGACGAGAAGCAGAAGGAGAAGCAGAAGGAGAAGGAAGGCAAUGACGCCAAGAAGAUCACAAGCGAAAACGCCAGCAAGAAGCGGGACUAAUGAUGAUGGCCCAUCCUCUCCGCGGGCACCAUGGACCUCUGCCGCUGUAAACGGUAAGGUUACAGAUGGCACGGCUCAACGACUGCAAGACGAAUCAAAUGAAAGCAGCAAGCAGGAGAGACGUGACAAGAAGGAUCAUCUCUGUUGUCUUCGUGUGUUCUUCACACACACACACACACACACACACA